GGAAGGCCCGAAACGGGCCUAGUCGGUGCGCGUGCGCACUGGGCCUGCCGGCCAAGGCGGGACCGCCUCCGCACCGCCUUCCUGAUUACUCUACCCUUGGGCUGGUCAUGGCGGGCGCCGUCUCGAUCUUGGGUGUGGUGGGGCUGCUCCUAGUGUCUGCGUUGCCCGGGGUUCUCGGAAACUGCGCCAGCCCCGACCUCCGGGUACACCCAGGGAACGCAGCCCACCUUGACUCUGGGGCCACAGAACCCCGGGGGCGACCGUCGCUCAAGGACCAGCGCGAGCGGGCUCGGGCCGGGUCGCUGCCUCUGGGGGCGCUGUACACCGCAGCCGUCGUGGCUUUUGUGCUGUACAAGUGUUUGCAGGGGAAAGAUGAAACUACAGUUCUCCACGAGGAGGCAGGCAAGCAGCAGCCACUGCAGUCAGAGCAACAGCUGGCCCAAUUGACACAACAGCUGGCCCAAACAGAGCAGCACCUGAACAACCUGAUGGCCCAGCUGGACCCCCUUUUUGAGUGUGUGACUACUCUGGCUGGAGCCCAGCAGGAGCUUCUCAACAUGAAGCUACAGACCAUCCACGAGCUGCUGCAAGAGAGCAAGCCGGACAAGGAGGCCAGCAGACCUCUUCAUGAGGACUUUUGUUUAAAGGAGGAUGAGGAGGAGGCUGGUGACACUCAAGCCUGGGAGGACCCCAUAAACUGGAGCACAGACACAUGGAACCUAGCUACUUCCCGGGAAGUGGAGCAGGGCCUGCGGAGAAGGUGCAGCCAGGCUAUGGCAAAGGACCCAAGUCACAGCCCUGGCAGGGAAGGAGGGACGACAGCUGAAGGCUGAGUAAAACAAAGUCUGUUUUUGUGA